CAGUGUCCACCAAAUUAAACCAACGUAAUACACAGUUACACAGGGACACGGUGUUGUCUCUGUUAUCUUCACACUUCACAGCCCGCUGCUCCGCUCUGCGCCUCCGCCGACCGCCGACCGCCGACCGGUGCCGCUCCGCUGCUCCGCCGCGGCUCCAGGCUCUUGCUCCGCAUUCCGCAAUGAGUCACGAUCGAAAGAGAACAAAAACAUUGUUUUCGUUUUUAAGUCAAAAAAUUAUGUUAUAUAUAGGUAUUGGGUUGUGAAUUUUAUACUGUCUCUUUCGCCCAGCCCAGGUGGAUUCUAAAUCCCGGUUCCGCCAAAACCCCCUCAAUCCCUAACCAUUCGCCGGAGCUCCGGCGGCUCGAUUUCCGGUAAACUAAACUCCUUCACUCAUACACACACGUACGAAGAUAAGUAGCAAAAGGGUCUCUCAAAUUCUCCAAUGGCGGCGCUUCCGUUGAUGAAACUUAUAAGACUUAAAGGAGUGCCAAUACUGCAGCAACUUCACUUAGAGGAGCGUUUGCUUCGUACUUCUCCACAUAAUUGGUGUAUUAUUAAUGAUGGAACUAAUUUACCUCACAUUGUUAUGGGCAUUUCUGGGAAACCUGCCGAACUUCUUGAAAUCAAUUCUGUUUUGAGAGAUAAAGUUCCUGUGAUUAGAAGAUUUAGCGGAGGAGGUACUGUUAUAGUUGAUACUGGUACGAUAUUCGUCACAUUCAUAUGCAACAAGGAUGAUGUUUCUGAAGUUCAACCAUAUCCUCGACCUAUCAUGUCCUGGAGUAGCUUAUUGUACAGUAAAGUAUUUCAAGGAGUUGGUGAUUUUGUCCUCCGCGAGAAUGAUUACGCCUUUGGCAACCGCAAGUUUGGUGGAAAUGCUCAAUCUAUCACCAAAAAUCGUUGGAUUCAUCAUACAUCGUUUUUGUGGGACUAUGAAAUCAAUAACAUGGCUUAUCUCAAGCUUCCGAAACGAGCUCCUGAAUAUAGACUAGCUAGGAAUCACUUGGAUUUCAUAUGUUGCAUGAAAGAAUAUAUGCCAAGGACAAAUUUCAUCACAAGAACUGUUGAUGCACUCCAAGGUGAGUUUUCUGUUGAAACCACAGACUUGGAAGCAGUUGAGUCUCCUCCAAAUACAAAGUUUAUUCAUUCCUCAAAGAUACUGACAGAGCGGGAACUGGAGGAAGCUGCUCUGGGAUGACACGUUACUCUUUGUUAGUUAGCUCUGUAGAAUUGGUUAGUCAAGCCAGAGAGAGACAUGUAGAGAAGCGCUGAAUAUUUCCAUCUUUGUUUCACAAUAGAAGGUAUUAAAUUCAUUCUGAUUUAAAUGCUUGGAAACUCAUAUCCACUUUGAUCUAAAGUAUAAUGUUAGAGAGGAUACAUACAUAAUAUAUACAGGCAGAAGCGUGCUUAUGUAGCAUAGAUGUAUGCUCAUAGUUAUAUGUGUAUAUGUACUGUCUCAAUUCUUAUUAUUCAGGUGCAGAAUAAUUUUUGCGUUGUCAUUUAAUUAUAUUCUUAAGGAUUCUAUA